ACUCCGAGAGCUUGUCACUUCCUGCCCUCGCCCCAUCUCCGUCCGGGGUCAGUCAGUCGCUCCCUGUCGCAGCCGGCGAGUCUCUGCUUCCCCUUUCCUACCCGUUCCGCGGCGGCAGCUCAGGCUCUUCGUGGAGGGGGAGACAGAGAAGGAGAGAGACUGACUUAAUAAAGUUUCCUGAAACAACAACUAUUACCAAAAAGAGCCCAAGGCGGGGGAAACCCCCAUCCUUCCCCGCCCCUCUCCAAAAGCCUGAGGGACCGUCGCAGGUGGAGCGGCGCUGGGGGGAGCCGGGCUCCGGCGGCAGCCGUUGCCCUGGCAAGGAGCGCCUCGGGUCCUGCCCGCUCCGGUUCCGGCUCCUUCGGUGGCGGCGGCAGCGGCUGCGGGGCGGUUCCUCCUGUCAACUGCCUGCGCCCGCGCGCCGUCCGCUCGCCCGCCCAGCUCCACAGCGCGGAGGGACGCCGUGAGCCGCCGCCGCAGCCGUCGCCUCGGGCCGCGGAGGGACGUGGUGAGCUGCGGCGCUUCCGCGUCAGCGCCGGCGGGGAAUCUUUGGGAGCGCGUCGGGCCCGAACCCUGGUCUCUUCUCGCGGUCCGCCGAGGCUGCGCCAGGUGGGGCCCGAAGCCGCCUCCCACGCCAGGCUGUCCCCGCGGCCGUCCGGCCUGCCUUCCUUCCUUCCGCCCGCCCGUCGGCCCGCCCUAGGAGUUCACCAAGCCGCAAUGAAGAGCUUCUUACAGUGAAAGGAAAGUAGGUCGCGCCCACUGAAAAUGCCUUUAAGGGACAAAUACUGUCAGACUGACCAUCAUCAUCACGGAUGCUGUGAACCAGUUUAUAUCCUGGAACCUGGAGAUGCUCCUUUGUUACAGCAACCACUACAGACAUCCAAAUCUGGUAUUCAGCAAAUAAUUGAGUGCUUUCGAUCAGGAACUAAACAACUUAAGCAUAUUUUAUUAAAAGAUGUGGACACUAUUUUUGAAUGUAAAUUAUGCCGCAGUCUCUUCAGAGGAUUACCAAAUUUAAUUACCCAUAAAAAAUUCUACUGCCCACCAAGUCUCCAGAUGGAUGACAACCUUCCUGAUGUAAAUGAUAAACAAAGCCAAGCCAUAAAUGAUCUCCUAGAAGCCAUAUAUCCAAGUGUGGACAAGCGAGAAUACAUUAUUAAGCUAGAACCCAUAGAAACUAAUCAGAAUGCAGUGUUUCAAUAUAUUUCAAGGACUGAUAAUCCUACUGAAGUCACAGAGUCAAGCAGUACUCCUGAACAGCCUGAAGUUCAAAUACAGGAAACUAGCACUGAACAGUCUAAAACAGUUCCAGUUACAGACACAGAGGUGGAAACUGUAGAGCCCCCUCCUGUUGAAAUUGUUGCAGAUGAAGUUGCACCUACAUCUGAUGAACAACUGCAGGAAUCACAGGCUGACUUGGAAACUUCUGACAAUUCUGAUUUUGGUCACCAGUUGAUAUGUUGUCUUUGUAGAAAAGAAUUCAAUUCCAGACGCGGUGUUCGUCGUCACAUUCGAAAAGUACACAAGAAAAAAAUGGAAGAACUAAAAAAGUACAUUGAAACACGAAAGAAUCCAAACCAAUCCUCUAAAGGACGCAGUAAGAAUGUUCUAGUUCCAUUAAGUAGGAGUUGUCCAGUAUGUUGUAAAUCAUUUGCUACAAAAGCGAAUGUAAGGAGGCAUUUUGAUGAAGUUCAUAGAGGACUAAGGAGGGAUUCAAUUACUCCUGAUAUAGCAACAAAGCCUGGGCAACCUUUGUUCCUGGAUUCUGUUUCUCCUAAAAAAUCUUUUAAGGCUCGAAAACAAAAGUCGUCUUCAAAGGCUGAAUACAAUUUAACUGCAUGCAAAUGCCUCCUUUGCAAGAGGAAAUAUAGUUCACAAAUAAUGCUUAAAAGACAUAUGCAAAUUGUCCACAAGAUAACUCUUUCUGGAACAAACUCUAAAAGAGAGAAAGGCCCCAAUAAUACUGCCAACAGUUCAGAAAUAAAAGUUAAAGUUGAACCAGCAGAUUCUGUAGAAUCUUCACCCCCUUCCAUUAUCCAUUCUCCACAGAAUGAAUUAAAGGGAACAAAUCAUUCAAAUGAAAAAAAGAACGCACCGGCAGCACAGAAAAAUAAAGUUAAACAAGACUCUGAAAGCCCUAAAUCAACUAGUCCGUCUGCUGCAGGUGGCCAGCAAAAAACCAGGAAACCAAAACUUUCAGCUGGCUUUGACUUUAAGCAACUUUACUGUAAACUUUGUAAACGUCAGUUUACUUCCAAACAGAACUUGACUAAACACAUUGAAUUGCACACAGAUGGGAAUAAUAUUUAUGUUAAAUUCUACAAGUGUCCUCUUUGCACUUAUGAAACUCGUCGGAAGCGCGAUGUGAUACGACAUAUAACUGUGGUUCAUAAAAAGUCAUCCCGUUAUCUUGGGAAAAUAACAGCCAGUUUAGAGAUCAGAGCUAUAAAAAAGCCCAUUGAUUUUGUUCUAAAUAAAGUGGCAAAAAGAGGCCCUUCAAGAGACGAAGCAAAACAUAGUGAUUCAAAACAUGAUGGCACUUCUAACUCUCCUAGUAAAAAGUAUGAAGUAGCUGAUGUUGGUAUUGAAGUAAAAGUCACAAAAAACUUUUCUCUUCACAGAUGCAAUAAAUGUGGAAAGGCAUUUGCCAAAAAGACUUAUCUUGAACAUCAUAAGAAAACUCAUAAGGCAAAUGCUUCCAAUUCACCUGAAGGAAACAAAACCAAAGGCCGAAGUACAAGAUCUAAGGCUCUUGUCUGAUAACUUCAAGUGAUGUACGAAAAGGUUUGGAGUUCAUUUUUGUGGAAAGACUUUAAAUUGGUGUUAGAACCACUAAACAUCUUCAAAUGGUACUAUGAGGAAAAAAAAAAGAAAAAAAUUUGAUAAAUAUAUGACUGUAACUGCUGUUUUCUGACUAAAAUAAUAACCAUCUAACCACUUGUUUCUAAGGCACUGCCUCUUCCAGCACUUUCAAGUAGCUGUGACAUUUUGUAUUGUCAUCACAGUCCAUCAGCUAACCACCCCUGUGCAUUUGGUCUACAGUUUCUACAAAAAUGUUGCAAAUUUUGUUUUCCAGCAGUUUGUUGAUUAAGUGAUCAACAACCUGAAGAAAAUAUCACCACUGGUGAUUUUUAAUUAACAAAGACUUUAUAUGUUAGUGAUUUUAGUUUUGUUCCACUUUAUUUGGCAGAAUUUUUUUCUGGACUGUACAGAUAUAUAAUUUCCUAGUGAGCGUAUGUUAGGACCAAAAGACAAAUCUCAACACAUUAUAAAUAUUUAGCCUACUAAAUAUUUGUAAUUAUUUUUACAUCCAUUUAUUUCUAACUUGUUCUAUAGCACUUAAAUGUUUGAAAAUUUCAUUCUAAAAUAUAUACUACAGGAAACUUCCGGUUCAUUUUCAUCCAUGGAUCAUCACAUUCUUCAUUUGUAAACAUCUGAGGUUUUUAUGAAAAUUAAACAUUCCCCUGUUUUUCUUUAAGUUUCAUACAAAGCACUUUAAUGAUAGAUGCAACUUAAUUUUUCAGUUUUUUUUUAAAAGACCACACAUUUACUAAUGUUAAUAUGAAGGUAAUAAAUAGCUCACUGCUAUUUUAUAGAUGCAGACAAUCCCUGCACAACCACUUCUUAUAAUACUAGUUUAUUUCUUUAAAUAUUGCUAAAAAAGGAAGAUUGGGGUGUAAACCCUGAUUCUUUUUCUCUCCCAAGUAAAAUAUUAAAUGACCACUUUAGAUAAUAUUUGAAUCCCUACUGUAAAAUUUAGAAAAUAAUGAAUUUUUGUCCAUUUUUGUAAUCAAGAUUUUAGGGAAAACAGAAGUACAUCUAUCUUUAAUGAAAUACUGGGCAGGUUUUUGUGUAUCAAUAUUUUGUACUUUUUAGGGAAUAUUUUAUUUUUUAGUAAUUUUUGUCAAAUUAUAAUUUUAAAAGGUACAGCAGAGACUAUACCAUGUUUUUAUAUAGGUUCAUCCCUGUACUUAGGAGGGACCCUGUCCAUCUAUAUAUACUUUUUGUAUAGAAUUUUAAAAUGCUGAAGAUCCACAAGGUCAUAAUAAAAUGCUUCCAUAGCUAGAAAAACAUUUACCCUUCCCAGUGCUUUGCACUAAAAUAUACUGUGAAAGGAAACUAGAAAGACUGUAACUGUUGCUGGAAAUGUUCUAUAUUGAAUGUACAUGCUCUUGUUGGAAAAAUGUACUAUAUGUGAUGGAAAUAAACCAGACUCGAAGUUAUUUCAGCUAAAUGUGCUUCAACGAAGGUGCAUUGGUUGAAACUUAAAUGUUUUAUUAUCAAAUUUAAAUUUAUUCAGUGACUAUGAGCAGCUACACUUGAAAUUUAUCCUGAUAGUUUUAUUUUUAAGAAUUAGAGUGAUAAUUUCUCUUUAAUUUAAAAACAGAUUUACUUUUCCAAUAUGGAAAACUUGUACUUAUAGGUCUAACUUUAAUGAUUAAUAGUGUAAUAUAUUUAGGGAACUAAAUGUGUAGGUGUUAUUUCAUUUAUAAACCAUCUUCAUUAGUUGCACAUUAUUAAACCUGUAUGUUUGACUUUUGCAAGGUGUUAUCUUUUAUACAUUCCUACACACAAGACAUAUUCCAAGAUAUUUUCCAGACUUAGGUACCUAUAACAAGUGGAAAGAUAUGAGGAUUCCUAAAAAGCUUGGGAUAGCGGUAUCUCUUUGCUGCAGCUUCUCAUGUGUAUGCCAGCCUUUUCCUUUUUCCUUUACUUGUUAAAUACUGUAGGGAAGAAAGAGAAAUAGCCUGAUGUUGGUGGAGGAGAGCCCAAUUGCUGCAGUUCCCUUACUCCACUCACCUGUUUCCACAGGACCUUUCACAUACAGUUUGUCUCCACUGUCGUAACUUUAGAGCCGCAGAGCAGGAAUUUAGGAGGGGGCAUCAAGGGUUCCAAGGACUUUAAAAAUAUUUCAUCUGGGUCAUAGAGAAAAAAAUAGCAUUAUGUCAGGACUUGUCUAAAUUAGAAGGGCCUAGAGAGAUUAAGAAUAUUUUAUCAUAAUAGCCAAAUUAAUGGAUCAUGGGAAACAUAGGAGUUAGAGACUAAACUAGGACCAGUUAAGUAGAAUGAACAAGUAAGAAGUGAUUAGAAAUUCUUUGUUCUUCCUAUUCCUUUCUGGUCUUCAUCCUUUUUGGUUUUAUUUUGACUCUUGAGGUUUGUCAUCUCAGAGGAUCAGGCUUGAGGCUCCUGAGAAGAGCCCUAAGAAAUUUGUGCCGGAAGCUUUUCUCCACACAGGCUGUAUAAGCAAGUAUUUAUAGUACUUUUUGUUGUCGUUGGGGGGAAUAGUGAAGCAGGUAAAGAACCAUCAGAAACUCCUUAUUUUAUAAUAAGACCUAUUUCUGGCUAUAAAUUACAUCCACUUUUGCUGCAAUUUGAUCAAUUGAGAGUUCUUCUAUAGAAUUCAAAGAUACCUUUUCCUAAAUUUGGUGGAAGAGGAGAAACAGUAAAAGGUAUGGCUUGCACUUCAACUUCAUAAGUUUGUAUAGUGCAAGCAAAAGCUGGAUGAAGUAUGGCUGACACUAAGCAGGUGUUUUUGGUUUUGUUUUUUUUUUUUUUUGGCCACGCUACCCAGCCUGUGGGAUUUUAGUUCCCCGAUCAGGGAUCGAACCCUGGCCUUUGGCAGUGAGAGUGUGGAGUUCUAGCCACUGGACUGCCAGGAAAUUCCCUAAGCAGGUGUUGAUUAUAACAUGCAGAUAUACCUUGAAUGCACAAUAACCAUUUUUGGGGUUCAUGUCUCUUUCCCCUCCUCUUUACUCCCUACUUCAAGAAGAAAACCUUGAAUGUAUACAUUCUUGAACAAUAUAUAAAUUAUCCAUCCUUAAUUUUUAGCCUAGUUUUAUAUAUAUAUAUAUAUAUAUAUGAGCCAAAUUUUCGGUUGACACAGAUUGCUUGUAUUGUUGAAAAAUACCUACACAUUUUUUAGGAAUAUGUAUUUGUUACACUGCAUUAUGGUCAGUAGGCUGUUCUACUCAGUUUGCUUUAAAGAGCCUGUGGAUGCAGUAGUGGGGAGUUUUGUGGUUUUGCUACAGUUUGAGGCUGCAGGUAUAGAAAGGAGUUUCCCAGUAGGUAUUAUGGCAGGUAGGUAUGAAGAUAGAAGCACAAGUGAAUAUCAUUUCAUGCUGUGAAGUUGUAAAAGAUCUCUUCAAAUAGCAUGACCACUGAAAAUGAGAUUUGAAAUGCUUCUAAAACUUUAGAAAUUAGGUCUCCAGGUUUCCUGUAGUGGCCCUUGGAAAUAUUCUAGUUCCUUAGUUAGGUGUUUUAGAAUUUACUUUUCUAAAAUGGAAUCCUUAGAUUAUCAGGAUUAUGAUUCAGACACAGUCUCGUAGUUGAUCAGUGGCCGAGCUCUAAGAUAUGGGCAGCAUGAUGUUGGCUGUGGUGUUAGACAGAAUCCUUCUGUGCUCUAUGCUAUUCUUUUUCUCUUCUCUGACUUCAAGGGCUAGCAGAAACCUCAAGAUUGAAAAGGAGUAAGGAUCAACAAUCUUAAGUACGGCUGUUAGUUGUUUGGUUUCUAAAGCAUUAAGCACAUGAUAGACUGCAGAAUAAAAUGUGUUUCACUUAAAGUCACCUACAGUUAUUUUGGCUUUUCUAACUUUCCAAAUUCCUUCCUUCUCUCUCUUAUAAUUUGUUUCCGUAUCCUUUUUCUUUGACCUCAGUUCUGAGCUUGCAGCUCUUUCCUUUUUUCUCUUCUGGUUAAAUUAACAGAUCAUUAGUACCAAGAUAGCUAAAACAUUUUUUUGAGAAGGUAAAAGAGGGUGGAAAGACAGCUCAUUUCUUCCUGAAUCUUUAUCAUUCUACACUUGUCAGGUUUAUUAUUUAUUUUGAAGCUUCUUUCUCUACAUAUGUUCACCACUAUCAUACCACAAACAGAGGGGAACUUAAUGAGCACCAUAGGUGCAUCUGAUUCAGAAAGUGCCCGGAGUUGGAGGUUUUGCUGUUUGUGCCCACUCAGCAGAAUUAAUUUGCUUGAUUGUGUAUUUUUGAAGUCAGGGACUAUGUCUUGAUAAUUUUGUUUAGUGCCUAGCACGUUUUCAUGUAUAUCCAGGCACUUUAAAUAAAUGUUUGAUAAUGAUGUUCAAGUAGUAGCCUUUUCCAUCUGAAUUGUGCUGUCAUAUACUUUGAGGCUUUGGGUCUUACUUUCCUAAACUUUUAUUAUCUCAAUAUUGAUUUAAUUUAUUUUAGAAAGUGCCACCAGUACUGAAAUGAGAGUUUAUGAUAAUAAAGAGAAUUCUUCGUAUUAGUUGAUGGUAAUUAACAUGUAUAGAGUGCUUACUAUAUACCAAGAGCGCUUUGCUAAUCCUUUAUAUGCAUGAUGCCCCUAAUCCACCAACAACCCUAUGGAGUAAGAACUGUUCCUUCAUUAUGCCCACUUUACAGAAUAGAAGAAU